UUUCCACAGUGUUUUCCCUAUAUUCAAUGUACUCUAUGGUUUUAUGUAUUUCUUUAUAAUAUUUUCAUGGGAUUUACAUUCUCAAAAUAAUAAAAUAGUACAAAUACAAAAGGCUACAUGUGCUCUUGACCUACUUGGUGUUGUGUUUUUCACAAACAAGCAAAAUAAGUAAAAGAAUACAGGCCAUUAGAGAUUUUUUAUCAUUGCAGAUAAAAAGGCCCAACGCAAAUGACGGGAUUCAGUCCGCGUAACAAUACGUAUUACGUAUAUUAAAAUACGUAAAUAAAAAAAUCAUAAUAUGUGUUUGUUUUGACAUACCGUCUGUUUUUACAAGAUUUACAUAUAUGUGUAGACGGAUGAUAUUAGGCGAGUCGCAGGUUAUAGACGACUCAUGAUUGUGGUUUCAUGAUGAUAUAUUAAUGAUGAUGAUGGGUCCUAGACUUCACACAAAAACUUAUAUUUUCUCUAAGAGAACAAAAGGGAAAAUCUGCAGAUAUGGCGUUUGAUGUUGCAUAAAAGCUUAAAUAUGAACCCAACUCAGAACCUAUCGCCAAUUUUAAAAAACUUUAAUGUUUACGACGUUUUAGAGCCAGAGAAAAUUAAUGUUGACGUAAAAGAAAAUGUACCUACGGAUAUACUUGUUGAUAUCUGUGACAUUGAUAAUGAACGACAAAAUUCAUCCGAUCUUAGUCCAGAUUUACAUGGAUCGUUUUUGGAUAAAGUUAAAAAAUCUGAGUUUGACUUGUUAGAUUUGUUUCAAAAUAUUUACGUCACUCCGGCAGAGAUUAAAAAAAAUAGUGAUGACAAAAAUAAAAUGACACCUAUAGAAAACAUUGGAACUGUGAACAUUGACUACACAAAGUUAUUUGAGAAAGCAGAACAGGGUGAAAAUUUGUCGCAUUGGAAAGAACAUCCCGAAAAUGGAACGGAAGAAUGUAGUAAUACGAAAGUCAAAGUCCUCGAUCGUGAUUAUUCUUCAAAACUUAUAAUAGAUCCUGCACCGAAAUUUAAAUACACUGAGCCCAAUCCUAUGUACGAAGAUGAGAUAGACAAUGUACUGCGACCGAAGCGAGUUUUAAAAGCACCUAUAAUAAUUAAGGAAACCGUGCCGAUAUCUUCUAUUAAACCACGUAUAUCUCAUGACAUUGAUGUACCUCAGAAAACAUCAUUGAAUAAUAAAAUACAAAAUCAACUAAAGAAUAACGAAGAAACAUUUAUAACACAGAAUGGUUAUCAACAUUUAAAAACAGAAAAAUUAAUGGCAAAAUCGUUUAAUCAUGACGAUAAACGAAUAGCAUACACUUCACAAGAUAAUGUGCAUUUAAAUGAAAAUAAAAAGGCGUUUUCUUCUAAAAUAGAUCAAAAAUACUGCCAUGAAAUAAAAGCAAGCCUAGUUGACUUAAACAGUCCAUCAGUUUAUAGUUCAAAUUGCCAAAACGAAUCGAUUCCAAUACUACAAACGGUAAAACUGGAUACGAAAGUAUAUAGCAAGAGGCAUAUCGUAAAAAAUGACAGUGAAAAAAUAGGUUUCACAAAAGGACCAGACAUCUAUGAAAAGUCUGUAGUUUUGCCGCAAAUUAUGAAACGUUUAGCUGAUAGGAAACAGGCUUUAGGUUGGACACAAAAUGUUCAAAGAAAGCUUAUAUUAGAAACUUAUAACAGCGUUAAGCAAAUACAAUAUCCUACUGAAACGACACCCAAUAAAAAUUGCAUUAUAAAACCAAUACCAUCUAAGUCUGAAUCGCCUAAAAUGGUAGAGUUUGAAAAGUUCACUUUCCGUAAUGAAGAAGAAACGAUGAAACUUGAAAAUCAUAUGCUAAGUCAUAAACCCGAGGUAUCUCUUAAAUCGCAAGCAUGUGGUUUAGAAUCAGCUGACAAGGUGACGCUCGAACCCAUAGUGUUAAUGGAAGACUGUAGUAAGAAAAGAAUGGCAGCUUUAAAUGCUAGAAUCGCAUUUGAAAAAUUCGUUCUGGGAAAGCCUCCUUAAUACUUUCGUGUUUAACAUACAACGUUUUUUGCUAAAACUAAAUAAAAACCGGCCAAGUGCGUGUCGGGCCACGCGCAGUGUAGGAUUCCGUAGAUUAAGUUAGCACUUUAUUCCAUUGUGCACAAAAGUACUGACAAAGAUACCCCAUACUAUGAAAUAAACGAAUAAAAAAUUUAUCCCUACUUUACAUGUAGGAGAAGAACUCUAAAAAUAUUUAUCAAGAUUUUAUUUUAUGACUUUUUUACAUUUCUACUGUUUUUAUACCCAUGCCGAAUUACUAGUAGUAGCUUUCUAGUAGUAAUCGUUUCUGCGCUAAACGGACGGAUGGACUAUAAGGGUUCCUUGUGGACUACGGAACCCUGAAAUCAGACAGUUUCUUAGAUCCUCAGAUUUUGGAUCAUUUAAUCGGUCGGUUAUAAAGAUAACUUUAACCAUUACAUUAUCAGAUACCAUCAAAAACCGAAAGAGAGGAGGUGACAAAGGAGGUAGGACAGGAAAUCACGGUUGAAAACCUAAUAAAUAUAAUAUGUUGCAAGCGAGUGACAAAUGGGACGCAAUUAAGAUGUAUUUAGAAAGCGUAAUGAAAACAAAGGAGAAGGAUGAAAGGGAACUGGGAAAGUGAAAGAGGCAGUGACGCUGGUGGUAGGCUAAAUGGUAGGUACACUAGCGUUUUUGAAGGUAGGAGGGUUUUUAGCCGGUAGGAGUCCGGCACUACCCAAACGGGUGUCCAUGAGGAUUUUCCCCCCUACGAAAAAAAAAAAAAAAGUUACCAUCAAUCAACAUUUAAGGCAGAACACCGCCUGAAGGGUGAAAUAAAAUAAAAUGAUCUAAAAAUGAAUCCCUAUUUUCUGGAUCAUGCUAAAGAACGCUUAAGAAUGUUUUAACCGAAAAUUGAUAAAUUUCAGAAAGCUUAACGACUAAUUUACCAAUGUUUAUUACUUAGUUACGAUUCAACGAAUCUGGAAAAACGAAUAAAUCAUCAGAGAUGGUACACGCAUUUUUUACACUAAACUAAAUGAAAUUGCUUAUUUUGUGAUAAGUUAUUGAGUUUAUAUUUUUUAAGGAUUUUUAUGCCAAUUAUUAUGGAUACUUAGUAUAAGCAUUGUAUGAUACUAUUUAAGUAGUUUGCGCAUAAGAUAUUUACUAAAUCUCUAUUAUUUUAAACAAGUUAGACAUUUUUUACAAUAUAUAAAAGUUCUUUUCCACCAGAGACGUGGUAGGCAAAUAGGAGUAAGCGACGUCAAAUUUUAAUUAUGAAACUGUCGUACUUUUUAAUAUACUUACUUACGUAUUUGUUAAUUAAAGCAUUUCUAUCAGUAUCUAGUUGAGUUAAGAAAAUUAAAGGUCAUGUAGAUAUCAAAAACACCCUAGCUCCACCGUUUACUUAGCACAGUACCUACUGUUUACCAACAAAUUAAAAAUGAGGAUAUAAAUCACUAGUCAUUUCACACCGAAUAAUAAUUACAUUUAACUUUUUCAUAUAUUGAUGAAAAUAAAUUUAAUUAAUAAUUAUAAAACAAAUAGAUAUGGUUAAUAUAUUUUAUAUAAAAUCGUAUAAACAAACAAUACAUAAUUUAAAAUAAGUAAUUUGUGAAAUGACAUGCGUUUUCUACCUUCAUUCCUAAUUUCUUUAUUGGUAAACAGUACUCAUCAAGAAAUGCUGUAGUAUAAUUUAAAAGCAUAUGGCAUUCAUUUACAUUAUUUUGUAUGGUUUAAGUUUCUAUCGUAGUCACAGAAUUAUUUAUACGUACAUACGUUAAAAAACGAGAGCCGGUUAUGGUUAAACACACUUGAUUUUAUAAACCGAUAGUAUAAACUCCGUAAUUGGCUACCAUACAUAAUUAUGGUACGAGCAUGAGCUAACAACCAGUCUUCCUAUAAUGAAGUUUAUCUAGUUAUAGCAGACUCUUGGAUCACGUAGGUAUCUAAUUAUAUUGAAAUUAUAUUUUAUCCAUAGAUUUUUAUACUCGAUAGUUUUAUUAAUAAAUGAUUCAAUAUUGUAUUACU